AUAUUUAUUUAUUUAUUUUUAAUUUCUCAAGAACAUUGUCCUGUGAUAUCUGCCUUCCCCUCCCGACCAUCACCCACUUCGAAUGGCUGCCAUCCUCUCCCUGCCGCCUGCCCACCGCUCCCUUCUCCCUCCUCCCCACCAUCUGCUGCCUUCCCGCUCUCAUCAUCCCUUCUUCCAAAUCCAAACCAAGAAGAAGUCCUCCACCCUCUCGUUUUCUCUCUCUUCUCCCCUUCAAAUCUCUAACUCCAUUGUUACCAAAGAAGAAGAAGAAGAAGAAGAAGAAGAAGAAGCAGAGGAUGAUGGGGUUUCUCCUCCUGAAGCUGAAUCCUCCGUUCUAAGCCUGGAUGAUCCCCAAUUCAGGGGUUGUAAGGCCUGCGGCAGACAGGAAAUCGAGAAGGGCUGCAAUGGCGAGGGGAGGAUCCAAGGUGGAAUGGCAACUGUUCCCGGCUUUGGCUGGUGGCCUAUAAAGGCCUUCAGACCAUGCCCGGGGUUUUUGGCUUCUGGUGGAAGAUAUAGGCGGCGCGGUCAAAGCAUGGAUGAAGUUGCAUUUGGAAGAGGGAAGAGAGAUAUAAAGAUGGAAAGCACUGAUAAGGUUAAAUCGAGCAAAAAGAAGCAAGGCCCAGAGAGAUUGAAGGGCUAAGAGCACAAUCAGUCUCGUGUUUCUGGCGAAGUUUUAACCAGAAAAUUUCUCCAUCCAUGACGUGGCGAAUGCGCGCGACGCGGCUACUAUAUUUCAUCAGUGCUCGAGUUCAGUGGAGAUAAGCCUUUUCAAAUGCUGAAAGAAAGAGCAGUACCAUUUCUAAUUGCAGCUGUGGCAUUCAAAUGUAACUGAUUUUUCUAGUUAUUGUAACAUGCGGUAUCGAUGCACUUGUCCUAGAAUAUCAUUUGUUGUCAGAUGUAUCAUUACUUGGCUUCUUUAACUAUUCAUGCAUUUUCUUAACUGUCAA